UAGAUGGAGCCGACAGCCACCAGCGGGCGAGAGCAACUAGUCCAAGUGUCCAACGCCAAUAAAACAUCAAACAGAUCGAUCGUCGCUGUGCGAGCGAGCUCUAGAGACAGCUAACAAGGACACGCGCGAGGUACAGAAAGAGAGCGUGAGACAGACAGCCAGAGAGCAAGAAAAACUAUGGCUGACCACGGCCAGCCGGACCGGGAGAGGCGGCAGGGGGCGGCUGCGGGGGAGGAGGUCAAGGAGCAGGACCGGCUGCUGCCCAUCGCCAACGUCGGCCGCAUCAUGAAGCAGAUCCUGCCGCCCAACGCCAAGAUCUCCAAGGAGGCCAAGGAGACCAUGCAGGAGUGCGUUUCCGAGUUCAUCAGCUUCGUCACCGGCGAGGCCUCCGACAAGUGCCACAAGGAGAAGCGCAAGACUGUGAACGGCGACGACGUCUGCUGGGCCUUCGGCGCCCUCGGCUUCGACGACUACAUCGACCCCAUGCGCAGGUACCUCCACAAGUACCGCGAGCUCGAGGGCGACCGCGCCGCCGCUGCCGCGUCCUCACGAGGCGGCGCUGCCCCCCCGGACCACCCCGCCUCCAUCUCUGGCGCCGGCACCGGCGCCGCCGGAGCCAGCGGCAGCGGUCAUUUCAUGUUCGGUGCCAUGGACAGGAGCGAUAACAGCAGCUCCAGGCGGUUUUAAUCUUGUUAUUCAAGAGUUAAUUUCUACUCAUUUUUUGAGAGGAGUAACUAGCUAGCUAUGAGAGUAUUCAUUAGCUAGAGCUAGUAGUGGUUAAUUUUGCUUCUGAUCUGGGGUGUGUUGUGAUGUGAGGAGGAGGAGGAGGAGGGAUGAAUGGAUCACUAUUGAUGCGAUGAUGAGGUAGCAUAGAUUUGAAGCACCGGAAAGAUGCUACCAUCGAUGAAGACGAAGAUGGCGAAGUGAAGACCGGAAUGAUCGAUUUGAUUCGGUCUGAUUUGGUGUCAAAAUGUUUUGUGAAGCAUGCAGUUCAAUUUCGGUAUUUUUGUAACCCGGUAAUUAAGAAUAUUCUAGAUUCGAAAAUUAUUGAUGCUCUCGGUUCCUAGCUAGUAUUUCCUACUUAUUACAGAGUUCAUUGGUUGGUUAAAUUUAUAAGAAGAUUAAAAUUUCUUGUAGCUAGCUUGUUUCUAGCUGGGGCAUAUAUGCUGAGUAAAUUUUCUGAGUCUUGAUGAGCAACUAGACAGUAACAUCAAUUACUAGCUGAGGCAUUUGUGCUAAGGUAUAGGUACCCUUGUAGUAUUAUCUUGUUCAAUACCAAACUUAAAUUUUCUGGAAA